AUGGAUCCCGCUGGAUUGUUGAUCUCCGUGGCGACUAUACUGAUUGUGCUUGAUGAGCUUACCGAGAGCUAUGGCUCCGCCAAUAAUACUCUGGCCUUGAUCAAAUCGCAGGUGAAAGUUCUCGAGGCCGGUACUCAGCGCAUCCAGGAAUGGCUAUGGUAUACCGAUCCGGCGAGCAAGUCGGAACUCAUGGAGUCGUUGGGUGAUGCCGUAUCGACGGUUAAUGCCGCCUUGCAGCGCCUACAGGAGGAAAUCGAGGCUAUUACACGCACUGGGCCACGCACUGCGAAGCUGCUUGGUAAGGCGGGCAGUGACCAAUGGGUCAAGACGAAGUUCGUCUAUAGCGAAGGGCGUAUGAGGAGACACUUGACGGAUGUACGAGAGUGCGCGAGUCUUAUGAGCUUCUGUCUCACUGUCUGCCAACUGCCUUUUGGUACAGCCGCUCAACGCGAAGUUCAGGAGCUAUCGAGAGGCGCUCGAUCACUGCAACGUGUGCAAACUUCUUCGAGACAUGACCGCAGAAGCGUGAUACAGCAGGAAAGCAGUGAGCAGCCAUCUGAACCACAGUCUGAAGACUAUAGAAACUUUAUGGCGUCGGUGAUGUCUGCGGAAGCCGACCUUCCAGAUGACGAGACUCCACAACCGAGCAGGCAAAACACGGCAGAGUCCACGAGCGCAAUAACUCUGGCUAAUCUUCGCGUGGUUCCCACUAAUGGUGCUGCGAAUACGUCUGAGCCCGACUCGCCGUCAGAGGUGUCUUUUGACGAGCUAGAGGAGCCAUUGGCAUCACCUGUGGAUCCAGAUCCAGAAUUGGAUCGAAGCGUAGGCAACAACAUUAAUGAAGCAGCGCCACAGCCAUGGCACGACGCGGGGUUGGAAUCAGGAACAAAAGCAUUAACAUUGACUUCUUCACAUCAAGCGCAGACAACGACGGCUCUAACUCACACGCCAGUGCCGGUAGGAGUGGCUUACAGUACACCUUCGGUGAUCCGGCGUAAACCCGUUUCUGGUCCCUCAGCUCCAGGGCCGGUUGCUACACCCUCAUCCUCACAAAAGCAAGCUCAACAGGCCAUCAGUAUCGGAUUGUCGUCGGGUUCUCGGAACUCGCGUGCUUCUACGGCCUUGACUCGGAACAGGAUGUCGACGCUGAUGUUAAUGGAGAAGAUGUCGCCAUUGGCGCAAAGCCUGCAGUCGCUCGACUCGUCUGACUAUCUGAACGUCGAGCUCGACCAGGUGCCUAUACAACCGUACCAUGACAACCCACCAGCGUAUGUCGCAGCACUCCCAUCAUCAUCGACGACACCGGCACCAAGAGCGGUUCGGCGCGACACGGCGCGCUCAUCACUCGUCAACCCUUUCAGUCCGCGGAUUAUCAAACUUGUGGUGGAGAACAGACUCGAGGAGCUCCGCAAUCAUCUCAUCAACGCUGGUAAUGUCAACGAAGUUGACACCCGUACCGGCAGGACUGCCAUCAUGGAGGCUGCGUGCCAUCGACGAUGGGAUGCGUGCCGUCUCCUGCUCCAAGCGGGCGCUCUGCUUCAUUUGAAAGAUAGUGAAGGCAACUCGGCGUUACACCUAGCUGCUCGAAAAGGCGAUGCCGAGAUCUGUCAGAUGCUCGUCGAUGCCGGCGCGCAUGUCGAUGACUGUAAUGCUGCAGGGCAACAGCCUCUUCAGCUCGCCGUUGCAGGCGGCCAUACGGAUACUGUGCUAACCCUCGUCAAUGCUGUGCCUCUGCGAAAAGCGAACGAAGAGCCACUGAUUGCUGCCUUCUUGGAGACGGUCAGACUGGGAGAUACGCCCACUGCUCAGGCUCUGCUUGCCAAAGGGGUCAAGACCAAGAAGAUGAAAGAUCCGUGGCGAAUGACGGCUUAUGCCGCACAAGGCGGCAGCCUACCCAUGCUGGAGCUCGUCCUCAACGAGAAAGCAAGUCUCAAGGACCGCAGUCCUCAAGGCUAUACUCCGUUGCAUUUCGCAGCUCUGCAUGACCGUCAGCCCAUGGUGGAACGUCUGCUCAGCCUCAAAGCCUCAUGGAAGGCACAAACGAAGAAGACAGAAGAGACCGCGCUGCACAUGGCCGCAGCAGCCGGGCAUACAUUCACCGCCAUUGCGCUAGCAUCGCAUAAAGAUGCGAGUGUGACGAUGAAAGAUGCCGACAGCCAGGAACCCAUUCAUCAUGCUGUGCGGAAGGGUGACCUCAGACUCACAGCGAAGCUGUUAGAGAAGGGUGCAAAGCUAAAGGAGUCCAACAAGUAUGGCUGGAAGCCGAUCCAUCUGGCCGCUGCUUACGGUCACGCCGCGCUUGUCGCGGAGUGCAUUACGCGCGGAAUCAGCAUAGAGGAAAAGCUGGCCACGCCCUCCUUCAAGCCGGAGAAGCGUACCAACCAAGCUGCGAGGCGAGGCUACUGGGCCGAGAUACGGUGGCCUCAUUCAGGCUCUCGACCUCUCCACCUCGCACUUGAGUUUGGACACGACGAUGUCGCUCACAUGCUAAUCGCAGGCGGCGCCAAGCUCGAAGAGAGCGAUACUCGCGGUUGGCGGCCACUGCAUAUGGCAGCCUGGAGCUGUCGGCCAGACAUGGUAGAGCUGCUCCUUUCGAAAGGUGUCGCAGCUGACGCCAGGACUGUCGACGGACAUACGGCGCUGAGCCUAGGGUUCAGGGAGUACGGCCUCACGGCGGACGGGCCACAGCGAGGUCGAAUUCACGAGAUGCUUAGCAUGGCUUUGGCGCGAUCAAAGAAGUCUGUACUGCGAAAGCUCUCGAGCGGCAUAACGUCGCCCGGGGCGGCGGAGAGCAAAACAGCAUACCAGCGUAACCUGGCCUGGCACAAGGCGCAACUGGCAGAGUCACUGUAUCAUUCGAAAGCGCUGAAUGAUGGUGAAGGCGAGCUAGACGAUGAAUCGUUGGACGAUUCAGAGAUCGGAGUCGCAAUUUCGGACGACUUGGGGUCCGUCGGCGACCAGCAGGACCUGUAUGAUGCGCACGCAGGCUCAUCGCAGGUAGCGAUAGCGAAAUAA